AUGUACAAUGCCUUGCACAUAGAAGUGUUUGUCCAGCAUGAUGCUGCUCAACUCUACCUCACAGUCUGGAACCUAAUUAAGGACCAAAUCAUAGAUGUGGACUUGGUAGAGAGGCUGCAGGCCCUUUAUACAAUCCGGAUGAAGGAGUCCUUGGUUUGCCUUGAAUGUACAACGGAAAGGAGCAGAAAUAGUAGCAUGCUGACCCUCCCCCUUCCUCUUUUUGAUAUGGACUCAAAGCCCCUGAAAACCCUGGAGGAUGCCCUUCGCUGUUUCUUCCAACCCAGGGAGUUAUCAGGCAAAAGCGAAUGCUUCUGUGAGAACUGUGGGAAGAAGACUUGUGGGAAGCAGGUCUUGAAGCUGACCCAUUUGCCCCAGACCUUGACAAUCCACCUCUUGCGGUUCUCCAUCAGGAAUUCGCAGACAGAAAAAAUCUGCCACUCACUUUAUUUCCCCCAGAGUUUGGAUUUAAGUCAGGUCCUUCUGAUUGAGGAAGAUCUCUGCAGUGCUGAGGAACAGCUUGGAAGACAGUAUGAGCUCUUUGCUGUGGUUGCCCAUGUUGGGGCAGCUGACUUUGGUCAUUACUGUGCCUAUAUCCAGAAUUCUGUGGAUGGAAAAUGGUUCUGCUUCAACGACUCCAAUGUUUGUUGGGUAUCCUGGGAAGACAUCCAGUGUACUUAUGGAAAUCAUAACUACCGCUGGCGGGAAACUGCAUAUCUUCUGGUUUACAUGAAGAUUGAAUCCUAAUGGAUGUACCCUAAACUGUCAGAGACUGACAAAGUUUCAUUUUCCUUUUCUAUCCCUGGAUCUGCUGACUCUCUCAAGAGAUUUUGCAGUGAGAAGAAGGAUCAUUUUCAAAUUGUAUAGUUAAAUUUUAUUUAUAAUCGGGGUUGAUUAUCAAAAUAUUUACCAGUAACUCUGCAUGGGUCUUGAUCAGUCAGAAUAGAUACUUCCACUGGCUAGAGCCAGGACCUGAGUGCUUCCUGCUGUGGAAGGCAUGAAUCCCUUAGUUAGGAGAGUAGAGGGGUCGAAGUGUUCCCAGGGGAGGGGAAACCAGGCCAACAAUUGUAAUGGGAGGCAUUCAGGUGGCAAGGGGCAGUGGCAGGGAAGUAUUUAAGUAUUUUACAGCUAGUUUGACUAUACUGGUAUGUACUGGCAGAAUAUUAUUUUUGUUUAUAAUUUAAAACAAUUUUAGAACCCAUACUACUUUAAUAAAAGUGAAGUGUUUUAUAAUUGUUAUUCAUUUAUUUGACAAAUAUGUAUUGAUCACCUACUCUCCGAAAGGUAGUGUGCUAGGCACCAUAAUGAAUAAAGUUCUUUUUCUCCAAA